UAGUUAUCUUAACUAUUAAUUUGCAGAGUAAUAGUGUUUUAGCAAGUAGAUUUUAUACGGGUGUUUGUUAACAGAAAUUUUUGAUAAAAAUUUUUAAAAAUAAAAUUUUCGCGUGUGCAAUCUUUGUUGAAUUAGAAUAACCAUAUUCCUCCCAGCCAAUCAUUAACUUUUAAAAUUAAGAAAUUGUUUGUUUAAUAUCUUUCAACCCAGGGGUGUAUACAAUUCUUUUUUUUGUAUUAAAAUAUUUAGCAGUGAGAUAGCUUGAUUGUUUCAAUUAACUUAUAUAUAUGAUACAAACAAAAUCGAAGGGUAGAAAAGAGACAAACAUAUGCAGUUCAAAAUAAAUGAUGGUAGCCCUGUAUAUUGUUAUUAAUAAGUGUAUAUACAAAAUUCAACAGGAAAUUUGUGAAGAAAAAAUGUCUUUGUGUGUAAUGUAGAAAAAUAACUAUUUUAUUAUAAUAACCAUUAAAAAUCAAAUAGUAAUGCUUAUUAAAAUAUAACAGCUAAAUACUACUGGCAAAAUUUCCCAGCCUUAAAAAAAUAUGAAUUUCAAAAAAUGUACAAGUGUGGUACAUCCGAAUGCAUAAAAAUGUAUUAUCAUUAACAAAAUAGUUGUGAAAAUUUAUAAAAAAAUAAUAACAAACGCUAAUAAUAAAGAAAUGUAUGUUUUAAUUUUUUUGUAAACUACAUUAUAAUUAAAGUAGCCGGUGGAUGAAAAUUUCGGAAACAAAAAUAUUAAAAACAAAAUAUUUUGUUUAAGAAACCAUAUGUUGUGAAAAAAUGAAGAUACCUAUUCUUUCCUUCCUAACAGUUAUGUUGGUUAUGCAAUGUGUUACAUCUAAACAAAUUACUAGCCAAAAAACCUUGGAAACUUCAACAAUACCAUCAUCUACCUCUACGUUAAAAUCGUCAUCGUCCCAUCAAUCACAUGUGUCAACAGGAGCAUUAUUAACACCUGAUCGCAAUGGAAUAUUAUUUACAAACUCAGACACUUCUUUAUAUAGAAUUGGCAAAUUUGAAACAGCGGAUUUAAAAACAGAAAAUACAAGCAAUACUUCUUUAUCUUCUUCCUUAACAUCCUCCAGACUGCAUCAGUUUCAAAAAUCAAACAAAAGCACAUCCUCAAGUAACGCUGAUGCAGUAGCGUCAUCAUCAAUAACGCCUGAUGACAGCAAAAAUGUUAGUACAAUUAUUACACAUAAAGUUAACUUUGAUACGACACUAAAUCAUUUGGUUGUGGACACAGUUACUGGUCGUGUUUACGUUGGAGGAGUUAAUCGAUUGUAUCAAUUAUCGCCCGAUUUAGAAAUUCACGAGACCGUUAAAACAGGUCCCAAAAAUGAUUCAGUCGAGUGUUCAAUUUUAGAUUGUCCCGUACAUGCCCAACGCAAACCCACCGAUAAUUAUAAUAAGGUUUUAUUAAUCGAUCGUGCUACAUCGCGUCUGAUAGUUUGUGGAAGUCUUUUUCAGGGAACGUGUACUGUACGAAACUUGCAGAAUGUGUCAAUUGUUGAACAGGAAGUGCCCGACGCAGUGGUGGCUAAUGAUGCCAAUUCUUCGACUGUUGCAUUCAUUGCACCGGGCCCACCCCAACAUCCCGUUACAAAUGUCAUGUAUGUUGGGGUAACAUACACAAAUAAUUCCCCAUAUCGCAGUGAAAUACCUGCAGUUGCUUCUCGUUCGUUAGAAAAAACCAAAAUGUUUCAAAUUGCCUCAUCGGCUGUUACAACGGGUACCCGAACAUUUAUUAAUUCCUAUGCUAGAGAAGGAUACUUAGUUACUUAUAUUUAUGGGUUUAGCUCUGAACGAUUUUCUUACUUUUUAACAACACAACUAAAACAUAAUCAUCAUUCGAAUCCUAAAGAGUAUAUAACGAAACUAGUUCGCAUUUGUCAAGAAGAUUCCAAUUAUUAUUCUUAUACAGAAAUUCCCGUGGAUUGUAUAAGCACUGAGCAGGGUGGCACCAAAUAUAAUUUAGUGCAGGCCGCCUAUCUCGGAAAACCCAGUGCAGAUUUAGCAGACAAUCUUUCGAUAACACCUCAAGAUGACGUUUUGUUUGCUGUUUUUUCUGAGGGGCGUGGUAAUCAUUCUACCGAUAACUCUGCUUUGUGUAUUUACUCGUUAAAAGCAAUUCGCCGAAAAUUCAUGCAAAAUAUAAAAUCUUGUUUCAAUGGCGUAGGUUCAAGAGGUCUAGAUUUUAUAUCUCCAAAUAUGGCAUGUGUACCCACUAAAUUGCAAACUAUUGGCGAAGAUUUUUGUGGAUUGGAUGUAAAUUCACCUUUGGGUGGAGAUCAGCCCAUCACUGCUGUUCCUGUUGUAAUGUUUAAAGAUAAUUUAACAUCGAUAGCAGCAACAAGUACAAGUGGUUAUACAGUAGCAUUCAUUGGUACGCAAAAUGGCUACCUAAAGAAAGUAGUUGUUGAAUCUAGUACUGUGGCAAACGAGUAUGCCAAUAUACCAAUAAACAUUGGAUCUCCUAUACAUCGUGAUAUGCAUUUCGAUAAUCAAAACUUACAUUUAUACGUAAUGUCGCAAUCUCAAGUGGCCAAAACUAAGGUAUAUGACUGUAGCGAUUAUAAGACGUGUGGCGAAUGUUUAGGAGCACGCGAUCCUUAUUGCGGUUGGUGUUCAUUAGAAAAUAAAUGUUCGCCCAGAUCUACAUGUCAAGAUGAUGUUAACGACCCUCUGUACUGGAUUAGCUAUAAGACAGGUAAAUGUACAACCAUAACUAGUGUCAUGCCUCACCAAUUACAACGCACAACGGCACGUACUUUAGAGUUAAUAAUAGAUCAUUUGCCCCAACUCAAAGAAAAUCUUGUGUGUGCAUUUACUACCGAGGAAAAGGCUCUUUUUACAAAUGCCACUAAAAAACGCAAUGGUGUAAAUUGUACAACUCCACGCACUGAUAUGCUGCCACAAAUUCAGCAAGGAAAACAUCAUUUUACUGCUAAAUUAUCCGUACGCACACGAAAUGGGCCAGAUUUAGUAUCGACUGAUUUUACAUUUUUUGAUUGCAGUACACAUUCGUCAUGUACACGAUGCGUAUCGUCAGAAUUCCCAUGCGAUUGGUGCGUUGAGGCACAUCGCUGCACACAUGAUACUGCCGAAAAUUGUCGAAAUGACAUAUUAGUUACUGGAGUUAGUCGAAUAGGACCUAGUUAUCGUUCUGGUCCCGGUUUCUGUCCCACAAUCAAUGCGACUGGUGAUGGAAGCGAAGUUUUGGUGGCUGCUGGUACUAGUAAAUCUAUUAAGGUUAAAGUUCAUAUUAUUGGACAAUUCAUAGUGCAAACUCGAUUUGUUUGUCAAUUUAAUAUCGAAGGUCGUGUGACUAGCUUAAACGCUCAACUAUUAGGUGAUACUAUAUAUUGUGACAACAUGGAAUUUCAGUAUACAUCACGGUCACCAAAUUUAACAGCAACAUUUGCGGUAAUUUGGGGUGGGUCGAAGCCUUUAGACAAUCCUCAUGAUAUUCAUGUUGUCAUUUACCGCUGCCGUGAUAUGGCUGACAGCUGCGGCAUGUGUUUAGCCUUAGCUGAAAAAUACAAUUGUGGUUGGUGUUCAUCCACGAACACAUGCGAAGUGGAAGAACAGUGCAAUAAAAAUAAUAAUGAAGGUAAAACUGAUUGGUUGAACCGCAUGGAAACUUGCCCAAACCCUGAAAUUCACUCGUUUUCACCAAAAACUGGGCCAUGGGAAGGAGGCACAAACAUAACUAUACGUGGAAUAAAUUUAGGAAAAAAUUUUACUGAUAUAUAUUCUGGUGUCCGCAUAGCUGGGAUUAAUUGCAUGCCUUUUCAGCAGUACUACAUAGACACAAAACAAAUUGUUUGUACGGUUGAUAGUCCGGGAGAACAAAUGUACCGUAAUGGUCGUAUUGUAGUGCAAAUCGGAGAUUACCGUGGUGAAUCGAAGGAGGAUUAUGAAUUUGUUGAUCCAAAAAUAACCAAUUUCAGUCCUAAAUAUGGUCCAGUAUCGGGUGGAACAAAAAUACGUAUAAUUGGCAAAUAUUUAAAUGCUGGUUCUCGUAUUCAGGCAUUUAUAAAUGACCAUUUGCCUUGUGAAAUUUUAAGUGUUGAUGUAAACCAAGCUAUUUGUAGAACAUCCCCAUCGCCUGGCAUAAUUGAGGGUCGCCUAAAAAUGGCAUUUGAUAAUGGUCCACGUGAAUUUAAUGAGUAUAAUUACAAAUAUGUAUUAGACCCAACAGUUGAGCAAGUAUAUUCAGGCCCUUCAGGUGUCCAGUUGAAAACUCCUAAAGGCAUACCUGCCGGCGGUAUCGAAAUUACUGUCAGUGGUACCCAAUUUAAUUAUAUACAAGCGCCUAGUAUGUACGUCAUAUAUCAAAACAUUACCUAUUUAAGCCAGUGUGUAGUUAAAUCGCCAACUGACAUGACGUGUGAUUCACCUUCAAUUGAAUUGGCAAACAGUGACACCCUAGACGCCGAAAAUCCCGAAAAACUAGAAUACGGGUUUUUAAUGGAUAGUGUUUUGCAGGUCCAAAACCUUUCACUAAAGCAUAACAACUUCUUUGAACUAUAUCCUAAUCCAGUAUACUUCAACUUUGAAGAACGAGUGAAAUAUUACAAAAGCGAAUAUUUAACAAUUAAUGGGCGAAAUUUAGAUCGAGCCUGCAAAGAAACUGAUGUUCAAGUGUUUAUUGGAAAGAAGUUAUGCAACAUAACAUCUCUAUCACGUCAACAACUAACAUGUCGACCUCCACCGGAACCCUUCGCAGGUGAAUACGAUGACGAUGAUAGCGGGGGUAAUAGUGGAGGUAGGGAUGGUUCAGGUCCAGAAGUCGUAGUACGCGUCGGACGUUCGUUAAAAUAUAAAAUUGGUGUGCUAAGUUAUGCUUCACCAAAUAUUAUACAUGAUCUUGGUAAAAAUGCGUUCGCUGUAGUUAUAGCAGGGGUAAUAGUCUUAUUAUUGAUUUUUGUCGCACUGUUAGUAGCUUAUAAAAAGAAAACAUCAGAGUCAAAUCGUGUUCUUCGAAAUAUGCAGGAACAGAUGGAUAUCUUGGAACUGAGAGUUGCUGCCGAAUGUAAAGAAGCAUUUGCUGAAUUACAGACCGAAAUGACUGAUUUAACAGGAGAUUUAACUUCCGGUGGUAUACCGUUUUUGGACUAUUGCACAUAUGCUAUGAAAAUUUUGUUUCCUAACCAUGAAGAUCACAUCGUAUUACAAUGGGAAAGACCAGAAUUAUUGCGCAAAGAAAAUGGAUUACGUCUUUUUGGAAAACUUAUUAUGAAUAAAACAUUUCUUUUGCUUUUUAUAAGAACUCUUGAAUCUAAUCGAUAUUUCUCAAUGCGAGAACGUGUCAACGUUGCUUCAUUAAUUAUGGUUACAUUGCAAUCCAAACUAGAAUAUUGUACAGAUAUUUUAAAAACCCUUUUAGGCGAUCUAAUUGAAAAAUGUAUUGAAGGCAAAUCACAUCCGAAACUUUUGUUAAGACGAACUGAAAGUGUUGCUGAAAAAAUGCUUAGCGCAUGGUUUACAUUUUUACUAUACAAAUUUCUUAAGGAAUGUGCUGGUGAACCUUUAUACAUGCUGUUUCGAGCCGUCAAAGGACAAGUCGAUAAGGGCCCAGUUGAUGCGUGUACACACGAAGCUCGCUACUCUUUGAGUGAAGAAAAGCUUAUACGUCAAUUAAUCGAUUUUAAACCGAUGACUGUCUACGCCAGUAUUAUACAACAACAAAUAUUUUGUAAUAAUAUGGAGAUGUUGCCAUCUCAUACCGAAAACGUGCCCGUAAAAGUUUUAGAUUGUGACACCAUAGGGCAAGUCAAAGAAAAGUGCUUAGAUACUAUAUAUCGCAACAUUCCUGCAAGUCAGAGACCACGAAAAGAUGAUUUAGAUUUAGAGUGGCGUACAGGGACCACAGGUCGUGUGAUAUUGUAUGAUGAAGACACCACAUCAAAAACGGAAAACGAAUGGAAAAAGCUAAAUACAUUACAGCAUUACAAUGUUCCUGAUGGUGCUGGUUUAAGUUUAGUACCAAAACAAAGUUCGAUAUAUAAUUUUUCCAUACUUUCGGACAAAAAUGAAAAAUCUCACAAAUAUGAAACCUUAAACUUAUCAAAAUAUACAUCAUCGUCGCCCACAUUUAGUCGUGCUGGAAGUCCAUUAAAUAAUGAUAUACAUGAAAAUGGUAUUAAAUACUGGCAUUUAGUUAAACAUCACGAUAACGACUUGCAAAAAGAAGGUGAACGUGUCAAUAAACUAGUAUCCGAAAUUUAUUUAACUCGUUUGCUAGCUACAAAAGGCACUUUACAGAAAUUUGUUGAUGAUCUCUUCGAAACAAUAUUCAGCACAGCACAUCGUGGUUCGGCGCUGCCAUUGGCAAUCAAAUAUAUGUUUGAUUUUCUAGACGAUCAAGCCUUAUUACAUGGCAUUACAGACCCAGAGGUUGUACAUACAUGGAAGAGCAAUAGCUUACCGCUUAGAUUUUGGGUAAAUCUCAUUAAGAAUCCAAAUUUUGUAUUUGAUAUACACAAAUCAAAUAUUGUGGAUUCCUGCCUAUCAGUAGUAGCACAAACAUUUAUGGACUCCUGUUCUACAUCAGACCAUAGACUGGGUAAAGAUUCACCAAGCUCAAAGCUUUUGUACGCUAAAGAUAUACCAGAAUAUCGUAAAUGGGUUGAUCGUUAUUAUCGUGAUAUCAGAGAAAUGCCACCAAUAUCUGAUCAAGAUAUGAAUGCAAUGUUAGCUGAAGAGUCAAGGCUUCACACAUCGGAAUUUAACACGAAUUGUGCCCUCCAUGAACUUUAUACAUAUGUAGUGAAAUAUAACGAACAAUUAACCGUUACACUGGAAGAAGACGAAUUUUCUCAAAAGCAACGACUUGCCUACAAAUUAGAACAAGUACACAAUAUUAUGUCAGCGGAAUAAUAAGAAUUUUCUUAUAUGAAUAUCAAAUCAAGAACGAAGGGAGGAGGGGGGAAGAUAAAUACUAAUAUUUGUAAUCAUAAUAUAAUUAAAGAAAAAACAAAAAAGGAUAAGAUAUGGGUGUUCAAGAAAACUGAAAAAAACAUAAAAAUAUUAUGUACUACUUAGUAAUUAAAUACAUAUAGGUUGGUAUGAUUUUAUAACAUCUUUUUAACAUUUUAGAUAGAUAGCCUUACAGAACAAUUGCAAAGAAAUUAAUUUUAGUUAAUUAGAUUUAAACCAACCAAACAUACCUUUUAUCAGUGGGUUUAUUUGCAGUUUCAAAAAAAAUUUACAUAUAUACUAAAGUAAUUUACGAACAAAAAAAUGUAUAAACAUACACAAAGAUGUUGAUAAAUUUUCAUUUAUUUAAAACUAUAAAUCAUUUGUAAAAAGUAUCCAUAAAAACACACAGCAUUUAUUUAUCUUUGUCUAUUUUGUCUCUUUCAAUAUGUGAAACUGGGGCCUUAUAACAUUUGACCUAAAAUAUCAUACAAACUAUAUGAUGACAUAAUGCUCCCCGUUUGUUGAUUUGCAUAAAAUAUCCCAGCAAAUUAUUACAUAUGUACAUUAGGGUAUUUUCUUAUUAUAUUUUCGAUUUCAAAGGAGUGCCGAUCAGAUUAAUGAGGUAUAAAUUUAAAGUGCUAAAAGUAUUAUUUGAUAGUUUUCGAGUAAUUCCAAAAACCUCUCUGAAUUGAAUCUUAAAUAUUAUAUAAUUUGUUUACAAAAUCAUUCCUUUAACAAUAUUUAUUUUUUGAAGAAUUGGUUAAUCGCCGAAGGUGUUUAAAAUUAUAUAAAUAUAUCAAAAUAUUUCAACAUAUUAAAAACGAAUAAUCGCAGCAAUAUAAACUUUUGGCAACAUCAACUGAUUUUUUUUGUUCAAUACUAAUUAUAAAUAUUUUAUUUAAAUGCAUCAAAAUAAGUUAUGAAAAAGAUACAAUCAGAAUACUAAUUACACACGUAUAUAAAAGUAUUUUAUUUCAUAAUAAAAGUAAUUGCAUUUCAUAAUAUUGUUAAAUUCUCAAUUACCAAAUACGGCAAUAGCUUGAGAACCGUUUAUUACAGUGGUAUUAGUAGCAUUUUAUCAAUACAUCGACAUCAUAAAAGAGAUUUAAACUAAUAAUAAGACUUAUUAUAAAUCUAAACUACAAAUUUACUAACAAUUUCGUUAAAUAUUAUUCUGUUCUCUCCAUUUAGUUUGAGGUACCAAAAAGCAUGAUAUUUAAAAUUUUAAGUCUCUUUUAACAAAUAAAGAAAUACUCUCCAUUUUUAGAUAUUUAAGGCUGUAUUCAUAAAAACUUAUUCUAUGUUUAUUAACAAUUUUUAUACAAAAUUCACGAAAAUUGUAUUCAUAAACGUCAAAUAGCUUAAAAUUAAUUUAAUAAACCAAUGACAAAUAUUAGAAUUUUAUUGUAGGCCUUCCUUUAGCCAACAAUAAGUCGAUUUUUUCUGAUAUAAAGCUUUUUUGUUAAUUUUAAGUUGAUAACGAAAACUAAUUAUAUUUUCUUUUAAAAUAAAAUCCAGAAAGAAUUAUUUUAACGUGUAAAAAUUUGUAAAUAAAAUUCCAUAUACAGUAUAGGCCAAAAUAAAUGCACCCCCUUAUUAAAGAUUUCUUUAAAAUAGUUCUAGUUAUUAAAAAUAAGGCAAAUUUGAAAGAUAUUACACUUUUUGUUUAUAGUUUUGGUAGGUCGCUAAGAAUGGGUAACAAAAAGUUUGUAUAUUAUGUAUUAAAGAAAAAAUUUAAGAAAAUAUUCAUAUUCAGAAUUUCAUUGAUCAAAACAUUAGCACCACCAUAAAAAAGAUUUUUCAAAUCGAAUUUCUUCAUUAUUUUUACUAGAUUUCAUUUAAAAAUUAAAUUUUAAAUAUAAAAAUAUCCUUUUAACCUUAAUUUUUAAUGUUAACAUUAUUUUAUUCAACACUUUAUUGGCCGUAUAGCACCAGACAUCUGAAUCGGAGGUGCUACUUUAAUGGUUUCCUAAAUAAAUUAAGAAACAAUAAAAAAUAUUCUACAAAAUGUUAAACUAUCUAUAAAAUUAAUUUAUGAGAAGAUUUUGAACUGAAGAAGUUUUAAAUUCAUAUACUGAUAACGAUAAUCUACCGAUCUUAGGGCCAAAUUUCGAGCAAAUUUCAAUAUUGGGCUACUUAAGCCGUCCUCAGAAGUUAAAAAGGGAUUUAAAUAUCAUGGAAUCUUGAUGAAUUGAUAUAAUAAUGCUUAACUAGGUUAAAUUAAACACAAAAAGUUCACUAAACUAAAUUUGUUUGAAAAUUCAGAACGUCGUACGUAGAUUACUGUUUGGUAAUUGAUACUAAUACAGAAAUAGUACGAUUAGUUGUAAAAAAUAUAACAUAAAAUUCUAAUAAAAGGAAACAAAAUUUAUAUUUUUUUAUUUUAUUAUCUUCUUUUGCAGAAAUAUGCAUUUAUUUUGUGAAAAAAUAAAGAUUUUAUGUAAAAUUUUUAUACCAUUAUUCUAAUAGGUCAAAUUACUCCAACUGCAAUAUCCCUGCGGAGGUCUGAAUUUUGAAAAUGUUGAUAUUUGUUGAACUUUUAAUAUUAAAUUUAACUUAUUUGAGUAUUAUUCUAUCUUUUCAUCAACAUUGCUUUUCUUUUCAAUUCAUUUUAAACUUCCGAGAAGGAUUUUUUACUGCCAAAUAUUGAAAUAUUGAUCAAAAUUUGGCCUAAAAAUCGAUAGAUUAUCAUUAUCAGUAGGUAAAUAUAAAACUUAUUCAUCUCAAAAAUUAAUUUUGGAGAUAUUUUAACAGUUUAACGAUAACAUAAAAGAAUAAAGUAAAAAGUAUAUUUUUAUAUUCAAAAUGUAAUUUAUAAUUAAAAAAAUUUAAAGAAGGAAUUGAAAAAUCCGAUUUAAUAAAUCAUUUUUAUGAGGGUGCUUAUAUUUUGACCAUUGAAAUUUUGAAGAAUAUGAAUAUUAUGUUAAAUAAUAAUUAAAUAAUUAUAUUUUAUAAAUAACAUACAAAUUUUGUGUUACAGUUUUUAAAAGACCAACCAAAACUAUAAACGAAAAGUGUAAAUCUUUAAAAUUUGCCUUCUUUUUAAUAACUAGAAAACUUCAAUAAGGGGGUGCUUUAGUAUUGACCGAUACUGUAUAAUUCAAACGAUUAUAUUUUG